AUGAUUUCAGCUGGGGUAUUCGGUUCCAUGGGUGUUCUAGUUGGGUAUCCUCCCACUCUCUUUGUCCAUAUGCCUAAAGACCUACGUGCAAAGAGGCUGAUAGAGAAGAACAUGGCUUCGUUGAAGAAGAAGGGUGUUUCUGUUAAGGAGGUUAGGUGUCUGGAGUUCCCAUUGACUCGUACGCUUUUGACGGAAAGGAUCCCUGGUUUGGAUGAGGCAGUAUCUGCCAGUGUAUUUGAGUUGUUUCAGGAGAAGGGUUUCAUUGAUGAGAGGGGAUAUUUGAAGAGCGAUGGACGAGCAAGUCGGUGGAAGCAAGCUCUUAAGGAAAAGGAUCCCUCAAUGGAGAAGUAUGAAUGGCUUGAUCAUGUAGAGGAGGAGUUAAAUCUUGUGUUUGCAUACCAUGAGAUGACCAGCUUGCCUAUUGGUGAUAUUCUCGACUGGUUGAAUUUGUUUGUCAUUAUGAGCAUCAACUUUCAAAAUGGAGAGAACCUCAUUCUCCACUUCCAGUUGCCUUCAGCAAUGGAUGAUUGA